AUGAAAAGUAGUAAUCUGCCGCACGGCAGUAGUACCCAAGGCUGUCUACAUGAAGGUAAUGAUCCAUUAAUAGAGGACCUUCUAGUGCUUAAACAGCGUGUUCGUGAAUCAUCUCAUUUAGUAUCGAGUUAUCAACGCGCUAUUGCAUCCAUCCGUGCCCAUCCAACGCCUUUACGGAGCGUUAAUGAAGCCAAGGAGCUCAAGAAUAUUGGCAAUUAUUUGGCAAAUAAAAUCCAUAGUAUCUUAGUUAAAAGAGGUUUAUUAGUAUUAAAAGAACCCGUAGCAUGUACUAGAGCUCUUCUUACGACUGUAUCACAUGAUGAAGAGAAGAGAUCGAUCCGUAAUCAUGCGUUAAAGACGCUCAAACGAUCCAUUAGAGAUUAUAUCCCAGCUUAUCGUAAACAGCCAUGGUAUAUCCUAUUAGCACUACAAGAAGCUCAAGCAAUGAAUCAAGACAGUGCAGUAUCAAGUAAAGUAUUACUACAGAGAAUAGUACUGGCUGGGUAUACAGGGAAUUGGAGCAAAUUACGGACGUGUCUAUCAUCUCUUAGUGGAACAACAUACAACCUCGUGGACAGAUCAGAUACAGGUGAUUACUAUUUGACGAAAAAGGGUCAAAUUAGUGCCAAAUUGUGUCCAGGAUCACUGUCGAAAUCAUGGCCAAAUCCUGUUGCAUCUCCUGCUAUUGAUGUUUUCAAGUCAACGUCAGGCAAGAGCUCGAAACCAUCGAGUUUGACAAGUGAAUUAAUUACUCGACAAUGUUUGUCCAAUCCUGAAAGGACGUGCAUUGUUGUCAACGACUCGGACGAUAAUGAGGUUCUGGAGAAUGGAAUGCUGGAACCAGAACCAGAAACGGAAGUCAAUAGGAAGGAUGCUGCUGUUUUUGCAACAGAUUUGAUUCGAGAAAGAGAUUCGUGGGAAUUGGUGCUGCUGUUGGAUCACCGUGAGAUCAUUGAGCGACGCAACCCGCGUAUUAUAGAACGAAAGUUACUGGAGCAAAGUGUGAAUUGUGAGGUGCGUGCGCUUGCAGUGGGUGAUGUUCAAUGGAUAGCUCGACGAUAUCGCAUUGACGGAGAAACAGAGGAAUUUAUGAUGAACGUCAUUGUUGAGCGGAAGGAAGUUCACGAUUUGUCGGGCAGUAUCGUUGACCGUCGCUUCUUUGAGCAAAAAACACGCUUAGCAACCGUGCGCGAGAACUGCGGUGACAUGCAUGUUAUAUAUCUUAUUGAAGGCUCUUUGACACAGAUGACGACCGUACGAACGAGUGGUCUAAACACGGCAAUGGGUCGUAUCCAGGUCCAAGACAACUUUUACGUCCAGCAGUGCCAGAACACGGAUGAAACCGUGACGUUCCUUGCUCGCGUACACGCACGUCUACUGUCAAAAUUCCCUUCGAAGUCGAGGAGUGCCAAGAUUGCUAGCUCGCACCUUUUGUCUCGAAGUGGGUCUAACAUGGAUGAGUUUGCACGAAUCUUUUGUCUGCCUCCUCAGACCUACAUAUCAUUUAACACCCAGUUUCGGAGAAAAAACCAGUUCACCGUGCGCGAAAUCUUUCAGCAAAUGCUCCUGCAAGCACCCGGGCUAAGCGCUGCAAAGACUGUCGGUCUUUCAGCAAAGUACCAAAACUUUCGCGAGUUGGAAGAUGCUUUGCGUAAACGUGGCCCAGACAGUGAAGUUGAACACGUGCAGUAUGGGAAAAGUCAGCGUCGUCUUGGCACCAAGACACGCCGGUACCUUUGCGACCUGCUGACUUCCAGUGGAUAUACGGACAAAAUGUGA